CGCACUAGUCACCUAACUCUCCGCCCGGUCGUCCACCUGGUAGGUCCUCCGCUCACCUGCUCCUCGCGUUACCUGUCCAGCCAUGGCGAGUCCGAAGGUGUCGCCCGCCCUCCUCUUCACCCUGUUCCUGGCGGCCCCGGUGUUCAUAAGGGGGGACUACCUCAUCACCACGCCCCGUAACUGGAUCUCGCCCGGCACGUCCCAGGUAUGCGUCUUCGUGCAGGACCCUUCGGCGCCGGCAGGAAGCCUAAACGUCACCGCGGUUCGCUACGAUGGCUACGACCCCAACAAGAAACUGGCGGAGGAGGUCUUUGAUAUCCCUGCUGGCAAGUACGAGCAGUGUCACGACAUCACCGUCAACAAAUCCGAGUACUACUACGCGAAGCUCCUGAUCGAGGGGAAGGUGGGAGGCGUGGAAGUGAAGGACAAGAAGGACAUCAUUCUUCAGCGCAUCAACGACCAAACCAUCAUCCAGACCGACAGGUACCUCUACCGCCCCGGCGAGAAGGUGCAGUUCCGCGUGCUGACCAUCACCGGGAACAAGCUGGAGGUGUCCAAGGAGGAGUACUCAGAGAUCUACGUCACCACACCCUCACGCAACCGCAUCGCCCAGUGGAAGAACGUCACCAACACGGAUGGCUUGGUGCACCUCGACUUCCAGCUUGCCGACGAGCCCGAGGAGGGGUCGUACAGGAUCCACGUCAAGACCCAAAGCGGGAGUACCAUCCAGACGUUCAAGGUGGAAGAGUUCGUGCUGCCGCGCUUCGAAGUCAAGAUCACGCCGCCCGCCUACGCCCUCCCCACCGACGAGAAAUACUCCCUCCAAGUGUGUGCCAACUACACCUUCGGCCAGCCUGUGAAGGGCAACCUGUCAUUCACCAUCCACAACCAGGAGCGGAGGAAGUGUCGCAAGGAAGUCACGCACAAUGUCACCAUUGACGGCUGCAUCAACUUUGCGGUGACGUCCGAGGAGAUGCAGGUGAUCGACUGCUCCGUGUACAACCUGGAAGCCUCGGCCACCGUGGAGGAGGCGGGGACGGGCGUGCAGCUGGGCGGGAAGCAACUGGUCUCCAUCACCCGCUCCGUCGUUACCUUCAAGCCUCUCUACACGGACGAGUUUAUGAAGCCCAACCUCCCCUUCACGGUCAAGCUGCGCGCCGAGCUACCCGACGGGACCCCCGCCUCUGGCGUCCCCGUGGAGGUGUGUGCCGCCGGCCGCUGCAACAACGACACCACGGCCCUCGAUGGCAUCCUCAACAUGGUGCUGCCCAACUACGAUGCAAACAGUGUCCGCGUGAAGACCCUCAACUGCCGCGCCAGCACAGACUCCACCGAGUACACGGACUACAUCGAGCACUACUUCUCGCCCUCCAACUCCUCGCUGCUCAUCGUGGCGCCGGAGAACACGCUCGAGUGCUCUCCCGCCGCACCCAAGAAGCACCGCCUCUCCGUCCUCUUCUCCGCCCGCGACCAGCCCACCGCUACCCUCACUGUACAGAUCGUCUCCCGCGGCAUCAUCCAGCACACGGCCACGCAGGAGGUGACGCUGACAGCCGGCGAGCUGCCCGUCAACGCCGCCAACCUGGUGGAGCCCAUGCCGGAGCCCAUCGAAGGGACCGUGCGGGGCGUGCUGAACCUGGACGUGGAUCUGCCACCCACUGCGUCCCCCAAGGCUAGGGUGUUGGUUUGGUACACGCGCGCCGACGGGGAGGUGGUGAGCGACGUGCGAGAGCUGCAGGUCAAGCGCUGCCUGGCCAACAACGUGACUCUGAGCUGGUCCACGCCGAAGGCACAGCCGGGAGACUCUGCAUCCUUGACCCUUGGCAGCGAACCUAACUCGGUGUGCAGCCUGGGCGUGGUGGACAGGAGCACAGAGUUACUGGGGCAGGAACCCGACCCAAUCACGCUGGAGAGACUGUUUGACUUCGCAGACAGGUUCACCAUCUACGAUUACGGCCACUCGCAGGUCAACGACAACGACUACUGCAACGAAAAGCACCGCCUCAAGCCAGAGCCACUCACAGUCGAUACAGAGGGUUCCAUCGCGCCGCCAAUCUACUGGUACCACUACACCAGCUACGUGGACGCCCUCAGGAUGUUCUCGGACGCCGGUGUGUACGUGAUCACGGACCUCACUGUGGAGACUCGGCCGUGCGAGAAAGAAGAGUCCUACGGUGGGUACGGUGAAGCAUUACCUGAGGCGGCUCCCCCUCGCCCUGUCAUUCAAGAAGAACACUUCAGCCUGGAGGCGGAAGGCGUCGACCAGGCUCACAGUGGCGCCACGCUGGACGCACCGAGGACAGACUUCCCGGAGACGUGGCUGUGGGACAUCGUGGUGGUGCCGGAGACGGGCAGCCAGGAGCAGCAGGUGACUCUCCCGGACACCAUCACGCAGUGGGUGGGCAAGGCCAUAUGCGUGCACCCCCAGGCCGGCGUGGGCAUCUCCGACAAGCAGUCCAUCAUCACCUUCACGCCCUUCUUCAUCGACCUGACGCUGCCGCCCACCGUCAAGCGCGGGGAGAUCCUGCCCGUCAAGAUGUCGGUCUUCAACUACCACAGCGAGGCCCUGCCGGUCCGCGUCACCCUGGAGGACAGCACCGAGUAUGAGAUCCUGGAGGAGGCGGGGGCCCCAGGCGUGCGGGGGAAGCGCAGCGCCUGUAUCCCUUCCAACGACAAGGCGGUGCUCACGGUGAGGGUCCGCCCGUCCAAGAUUGCUGACGUGAACUUGACCGUGUCCGCCGCUGUGGAUGCCGCGGAGGUGGGAACGUGUGGCGCCGGAGCAAACUCGCCGCAGAGAACCGAUGCCCUGAUCAAACCCAUCAAAGUGGAGGCCGAGGGAUUCCUGCGCGAGAAGACCUGGACCAAAUAUGUGUGCUCUGCCGAUGACUUCGCGCCGGGUCAGACCUCCCUCACCCUCGAGUCCUGGAACUUAGCGCUGCCGGACGUGCUGGUGGAGGGGUCGGCGCGAGGCUGGGUGACGGCCGUGGGUGAUCUGCUGGCUUUGUCCCUUGAGAACCUCGGCAGCCUCAUCCGCAUGCCGUACGGGUGCGGCGAGCAGAACAUGAUCAACUUCGCCCCCAACAUCUACAUCCUGCGCUACCUCAACACCACGCGCCAGACCACGCCCGAGGCCACAGAAAAGCUGCUGCGCUACAUGAACACAGGUUACCAGCGCGAGUUGCUGUACCGCCGCAGCGACGGGUCCUACAGCGCCUUUGGCAACGCUGAUGACUCUGGGUCAACGUGGCUCACCGCCUUUGUCCUCAAGUCUUUCGCCCAGGCCCGGGACUACAUCCAGGUUGACGAAGAGAAGCUGAACGAGACGAAGAGCUGGCUGAUGGAGCAGCAGGACACGGAGGGCUGCUUCAUCACCGUGGGCAAGAUUCUUAACAAGGCCAUGCAGGGCGGCUUGAGCAACAGCAAGACUCCUGCGUCACUCACCGCCUACGUGCUGGUGGCGCUGAUUGAGGCCGACGAGGACCUCACCUCCAAGCCCGUGAACAAGGCCGUGCAGUGCCUCGCCUGCGACAUUUCCACCCACCCCUACACCCUCGCCACCAAGGCUUACGCCCUGGCCCUUGCCGGAUGCUCCAAGGCCGCCGUUGCCGUGACUGCCCUGCUCGAGGCUGCCGUGGACAACAAGGAUGAAAUGUACUGGAAGCUGCCAGAGAGACAAGGUAACAGCCAAGCCGCCGCCCUGGAGACAGCCGGCUAUGCCAUCCUGGCCCUCAUGACCCUGGACGCCGAGAAGAACGAGCCGCAGGCCAGGAAGAUCAUCAAGUGGAUCACCACCCAGAGGAACGGCCAGGGAGGCUUUUACUCCACCCAGGACACCAUCGUAGCCCUGCAGGCACUGGCCACCUACGAGAGCUACCAGCACCAGGGGCCGCUCAGCCUGACCGCCACCGUUACGGCCGAGGGCUUGACUCACUCGUUCAGCAUCAACGACAACAACAAGCUUCUGCAACAACUGGUGACGCUGCCCACGCUGCCCACCAACGUGACUUUGGACAUGCAGGGCGAGGGCUGUGCCGUCAUGCAGGCCGUGCUCCGCUACAACAUCCCGACACCCGAGCCCAGCGACGCCUUCGACCUCACCGUCAACACCAACACUGCACCCGACCGUCAGUGCGUCACCAAGCGCAUCACCGCCUGCGCCUCCUACCGUCUCCCCGACAACUCCUCCAACAUGGUGGUGAUCGAGGUGGACCUGAUUUCCGGCUACAUCCCCGAGAAGGAGGACCUCAAGAAGCUGAUCAAGGAAGACAAGAACCUGAAGCGCUACGAGGUAGACGGCAGCAAGGUUAACAUCUACGUGAACGAGCUGAUGGCCAAGGACACCUGCGUCAACUUCCGGGUGAUCCGCGAGGUGGACGUGGAGGAGGUGAAGCCCGGCACGGUGGUGGUGUACGACUACUACCAGCCCGAGUUCUCCGUGUCUAAGAGGUACACGCUUCCCCCCAAUGAUGAGUGUCGUUAAGCACCUGUGGAAGAGGGGCUGACAAGUGGUGGCAUCCUACCUGUCCACUUCACCUGUCCAUGACAACACCUGAAACUACCAGUGGACGGAGAACUGACACCAAGGAGAGAAAAUGGACAGGUGGCGAGAUCUUACCUGCCCAUCUUUACCUGUCCACUAUACCUGUAACUAACGACCCAGGAAACGGACAGCAUGGACAGGGAAUGGACAAAACAAAGCACCACCACCACCACCUCGUUCAGCCCCUAUUCUACCUUUUUAUCUUGCACCUUGUUUUACUACACAUCCCUCCACGGACUAAUUUAAGAGGAUUUUUUUAUAUGCUCUAUGGAUUACAAAAUCGCACCCGAACGGCUUUUUAUCUUCGCUCCCGGUUCACUGAUAAAUUACUUAAUACAUACACCCACGCUACUUAAUACAUACACCCACGCCUUCAGGAAGACUGUGUAGGUAGCGUUAGUGUUUGUGUUCGAUGUUGUUAUGUCUGGCGGCAGUGUUUUUGGUGUUGCCUUUUUUAUGGCGUUUAAAUUAGUGUCAAGUGUUUUCCGGUGUUUUGUUCAGUUAUAAUUCUGCAUCACUUUGUUUUGUGCAGUUUUCUCUUGCUUUGAAUGUCUGUUGUCAGUAGCCGCCACAACCACAGGUUACAUUAUGUAGAGAAGCUGAACCAUGUUUUUUAGUGUUGUAAUAAAUAGUUACCAUUUA